CACCUUCUCUUAUGAGUACUGCUGAUGCUAACACUAGUACUACAGUUCCUAGUACAACUAUGCCUUUCCCUGUAAACGCUACUAAUGCUACUCUUCCUAUCACAACACCACCUUCUACAAAUACUGCUGAUGCUAAAAAUAGCAUUACUGUUCCUAGUACAACUAUGCCUUUCCCUGGGAAAAAGGGUGACAAGUCUGUGGGCGUCAAAGCAACAACUAAUGCUACUCUUCCUAUUACAACACCACCUUCUCUUACAAGUACUGCUGAUGCUAACACUAGUACUACUGUUUCUAGAGACCUGGAAAUGGCCAAGAAAGAGGAGAAGAAGGCAGAAGAAUGA